AUGCCCGUUGUUUUCGUCCGCCCGACCAAUCGGACGCGGCGUCUGGAUUCUACGGGAGCCGCAAUGGGCCCUUCGUGGCGGCAGCAGGACUCUCCGUUGCCGACCAUAACGCAUUGCGCAGGGUGCACCACCGCCCGGUCCUCCUGCGGCUUUAACGGCGCCGGCAUGGAUGCGCCGCGGCAGUUCCCGCAGCAGCAGAGCCCAUGCCUCCAGUGCAACAACUGCGCCUACUACGGGGCUGCUGCGGCAGCCACGGGGGAUAACCUGCCCCUGCUGCUCCGUGCCUCCUCGCCCCUCUCGGGCGCCUUCCGGACUCACUCUUCGCCUCUGUCCUCCGCCGCCUCCUCCCGGCAGGGCAGCCAACUGAACGUCAACGAGCUCACCCCUUCCAGUCAUGCCGGUUCAUCCAGGCAGCCUCACCAGUACCCUCAGUACCAACAGUGCCAUAACCUGCAGCAUCAGCAGCAAGCAGCCAGCCCCAGCAGCAGUCAACAACGCCGGGAGAGCAACCCCUUCACCGAAAUAGCCAUGAGCAGCUGCAGGUACAACGGCGGCGUCAUGCGACCGCUUAGCAACCUGAGCUCGUCCCGCAGGAACCUGCACGAACUGGACUCGGAGUCGCAGCCGCUCCAGCCGCCGCUCGCCAGCCCUGGCGCUUCCGCCAGCCCCGCCGCCCCGGAGAUCGUGGUCUCCAAGCCCGAGCACAACAACUCCAACAACUUGGCGCUCUACGGCUCCUCCGGUCCCGGCCCCGGCCCGGGCAACGCCAGCAACGGCGGGGGCAAGUCCAGCAAGAAAAAGAAUCAGAACAUUGGCUACAAGCUGGGGCACCGCCGGGCGCUCUUCGAAAAGCGCAAGCGCCUCAGCGACUACGCGCUCAUUUUCGGCAUGUUCGGUAUCGUCGUCAUGGUCAUCGAGACCGAGCUCUCCUGGGGCGCCUACACCAAGGAAUCACUGUAUUCUCUCGCUCUGAAAUGCCUUAUUAGCCUUUCCACAAUUAUCCUGCUCGGGCUUAUCAUCGUCUACCAUGCAAGGGAAAUCCAGUUGUUCAUGGUGGACAAUGGAGCAGAUGACUGGAGAAUAGCCAUGACUUAUGAGCGUAUUUUCUUUAUCUGCUUGGAAAUACUGGUGUGUGCUAUACAUCCCAUACCCGGGAACUAUACAUUCACAUGGACAGCCCGGCUUGCCUUUUCUUACGCUCCAUCCACAACAACAGCUGAUGUGGAUAUUAUUUUAUCUAUACCAAUGUUCUUAAGACUCUAUCUGAUUGCCAGAGUUAUGCUUUUGCAUAGCAAACUUUUCACUGAUGCCUCAUCUAGAAGCAUUGGAGCAUUAAAUAAGAUAAACUUCAACACCCGUUUUGUUAUGAAGACUCUAAUGACAAUAUGUCCAGGAACUGUACUGUUGGUUUUCAGUAUCUCGUUAUGGAUAAUUGCUGCAUGGACGGUCCGAGCUUGUGAAAGAUACCAUGAUCAACAGGAUGUUACUAGCAACUUCCUUGGAGCAAUGUGGUUGAUUUCAAUAACUUUUCUAUCCAUUGGAUAUGGUGACAUGGUACCUAAUACAUACUGUGGAAAAGGAGUCUGUUUACUCACUGGAAUCAUGGGUGCUGGGUGUACUGCACUGGUGGUAGCUGUGGUGGCAAGGAAGUUAGAACUUACCAAAGCUGAAAAACAUGUGCAUAAUUUCAUGAUGGACACCCAGCUAACUAAAAGAGUUAAAAAUGCAGCGGCCAAUGUACUCAGGGAAACAUGGUUAAUUUAUAAAAACACAAAGCUGGUUAAAAAGAUAGACCAUGCAAAAGUAAGGAAACACCAACGCAAAUUCUUGCAAGCUAUCCAUCAAUUAAGAAGUGUAAAAAUGGAACAAAGGAAAUUGAAUGAUCAAGCCAACACUUUGGUGGAUCUGGCAAAGACUCAAAACAUCAUGUAUGACAUGAUUUCUGACUUAAAUGAAAGAAGUGAAGAUUUUGAGAAGAGAAUUGUUACUCUGGAAACUAAACUGGAAACUUUAAUUGGUAGCAUUCAAGCUCUCCCUGGACUGAUUAGCCAGACAAUCAGCCAGCAACAAAGGGAUUUCCUCGAGGUUCAGAUACAAAAUUAUGAUAAGCAUGUUGCCUACAGUGCUGAGCGGUCACGAUCUUUGUCAAGAAGAAGGAGGUCAUCCUCCACAGCACCACCAACUUCAUCAGAGAGUAGCUAG